AAAACGAGAUGCAAUAACCCAAAUCAACCACUACAAAAACACAGACCACCAUAUUCUAAUCUCCAACUUCUCUCUCUCAAACACAAUCACUCUCUCUCAUCUCAUCGAAUGACAACCACCUUAUUACCUACCAAACACCUAACUUUCACUUUCACUCUGACUCUUAUUCUCAUUCUCAUCAUCUCCCUCCUCUUUUUCCACCCCACACUCAGCACAGAAUGCAGUUGCACCUCACCACCACCACCACCACCACCACCACCAGAACCAGAACCAGAGCCUUUAAUCUUCCUAGACCAAAGACUCGCCCUAGUUUACCCUAUAAUCCAAACAUUUAAGAACAUUAUCACUUCCGACCCCCUCGGAAUCACCAAAACAUGGGUCGGCUCCGACAUUUGCAGCUACAGAGGCUUCUACUGCGGCAUCCCACCAGAUAACAGCUCCGCCACCGUGCUCGCUUCGAUCGAUUUCAACGGCUUCCAGCUCGGAGCUCCGACUCUCGAUGGCUUCAUUGAUAAACUACCUGAUCUCGCCGUCUUCCACGCCAAUACUAACAACUUUUCCGGCACGAUUUCACCGAAUAUUUCGAAAUUGCCAUUCAUUUACGAGCUUGAUAUAAGCAAUAACAAGUUUCACGGCGAGUUUCCGGUGUCGGUGCUGGGGAUUACCGGCCUGACUUUCUUGGACAUCCGAUUCAACUUCUUUACCGGGACGGUACCACCUCAGGUCUUCAAGAAAACCCUUGAUGUGCUGUUCAUUAACAACAACAAUUUUAUGCAGAGAUUACCGGACGAUCUCGGAUUCACAACGGCGCUUUAUUUAACGUUUGCGAAUAAUAAGUUUACUGGUCCGAUACCAUGUAGUAUCGGAAAAGCUUCCUCAACGUUGAUUGAGGUUUUGUUUUUGAACAACCAACUCACGGGUUGUCUUCCCUAUGAAUUAGGGUUUCUGAGGAACGCAACGGUGUUCGACGCCGGUAACAACCUCUUGACGGGUCCUCUGCCGUGCUCCUUGGGGUGCUUGGAGAAGAUUGAGCAGCUGAACUUCGCGGGAAAUUUCCUGUACGGACAGGUUCCGGAGGCAGUGUGUGCACUUGGGAGUCUAGUGAACUUAUCACUGUCAAAUAACUAUUUCACGAAACUGGGCCCACUGUGUAGGAAGCUGAUCAAGAGUGGGGUCCUUAAUGUGAGGAAGAACUGCAUCAACGAUCUUCCUGAUCAGAGAUCACCGUCUGAUUGUGCGUCAUUCAAUUAUCCUAAGAACUGUCCGUACCUCGCAUCGUAUAAUAUAAUCCCUUGUAAGCUUCCUCCUCCGUAUUAUGGUCCACGUCACCCAUUUCCUCGUCAUCCCCCGUGGCCGAACCGGCGUUUGCUUUCAUACUCCGCUCUCUCCAGACAUAGAUUGUGAUGACUUUGACUUUGUAAGAUACUUGAGUCCGAUUAUAAAUGAAAGAAAAAAUUAUUUACAAAUUAAAAUUUUACAUAAAAAAUUUAUCGAACUGUAAUGAUCGUAUGACUUUGAAAUUGAAAGGAAGUGUGAUGUCAUUUUGCAUAUAAGAAUAUAAAUGUUUGAGACUCACAAGAAAUUCUCAAAAUUUGAUCUACACUGAUGUAAUAUGAUAGGUGCCCAUUUUUUAUUAGUUGCAUACUUCAGCCACGUUUGUUUGACGGAUUAGGUUAGAUAUGAUUGUUAGUGAAAUGAUUAUUAGUGAAGAGAUUGUUAAUGUAGGGAUUGAGGGAAUUAAGUCAAAGGGUGUUUGUUUUGAUGAUAGUGUGGGAGACAGUUAGUGAUGGGAUUGUUAAAUUAUU